CGUUUAAACUCGUGAGAGAGAGAGUGAGAGUGGGGGGAGAGGUGUUUGUUUGCUUGGAAUCGCAGCGAAAUAUCGGAGCGAAACGAAUCGGUGAAGAAUGUCGUCGGGUGUUACGAACCAGGAGGAAGACAAGAAACCCACCGAUCAAACGGCUCACAUCAAUCUUAAGGUCAAGGGUCAGGAUGGGAACGAAGUGUUCUUCAGGAUUAAGAGAAGCACACAACUGAAGAAGCUCAUGAAUGCUUACUGUGAUCGGCAAUCAGUGGAGCUCAACUCUAUUGCAUUCCUGUUUGAUGGCCGUCGUCUCCGAGCGGAGCAGACACCUGAUGAGCUGGAGAUGGAGGAUGGCGAUGAGAUUGAUGCUAUGCUGCACCAAACUGGAGGUGCUACUGUCUAGUUGCAUUAUAAGAUUGUCAGAAGACUGUGUUUAAGUGUGUUUAUAUAUAAUGUCCGCUUAACUUCUGUCAAGUUGUUCCUGGAUUUUACCAUUUAUGGUUGACUAGUAGGAUUGGGCAUGGAUACAUGCUGGUUCUGGAUUGGUACUAUGCUGCUUCUGCUUCAGUCAAGUUGGUGUUUGUUGACACCUUUCUAUUUC